AUGGUGUUUUUUAUGUCGUAUCCGCCGACAAGGCGGCAGUUAAUGGUGUCUGUGGGUUUUUUCGCGGCGGGCGUUUCUCUCUUCGUCGCUGGUGCGUAUCUCUCACUUGCCAACAUCGCACCGCAACAAGAUCGCGUCAAGGCUCGGAAUGAUUUCGUCAAGGAUCGACUCAGGAAAUGGCUCGAC